UGCAGGAGUUGCAGGUUAAGGUUACACUGGUUACAUUACACUUACACUUACUUACAACAAAAAGUUACAAUUAAUUGAGUUGUGUGAGUGACGUUGAGUGUUGUUUCAACCUUCAUUCAGCCUCGACUGAUGUUAAAGUCUGUUGUGUAAAUUGUGAUUGCAGUGUUUUUAAAUAUGGAAUGGAGGCCUAUCUCCGUCACUUCUGUGUUUUGAAAUAAUUUCUAUUUCAACACAAAUCCCAUCCUUAGGGUCUUAGUUUAUGCUUAGAUAGGCAUAGCAAUUUGGUAGGACCUAACUUAUCAAAGUUAAAGCCACUUCCGUUGAUUAGAAUGUUAUCGUUAUCUAAGGCAUGUCUGAAACCUUAAAAAGAUAUGUUUGGAAUAAUUGUUAGUGGUCGUGUUGUGCAAACCAAUUUUGAACAAGUUUUAGAAAGACAUUUUUUAUCUACAGUAGUUGAUGCUGACAAUAUAAAUCAUAUUGUGGUAUUCUUAACUGGAACAAAUCCAUUUCCAGAUGGAACAGCUGGUUUAAUUUAUUUUAGUUGGCCUGAUCCAAAUGCACCUCCUAGCUGGCAACUGCUUGGUUACAUAUCAAAUGAAAAACCAUCUGCCGUAUUUAAAAUUUCUGGACUGAAGAAAACGUCAGAAGAACAAAGUGGGUUUCUACAAUUUGCUCAACAUGCAAUUUCACACAAUGCUCAGAUUGGUAUUGCUAUUGAACCUUUAAACAUUGUCCAAGAACAAAUUACUAUGCUGGAAACAUCCAAGCCUACUGAACAGUCUCAGUUUACCGAAUACUGCAAAAAAACCCUAAAGAAUUUUGUUAACUACAUAUCCAGUUUUGCCACUCUUCAACAAGACACCUACGUCGUACCACUUCCAGUCGUACAGAACUGGUAUCAAAACUUUGAAACCAAACUUGCUGUUAACCCUUAUUUUUGGAGAUCUUAGAUUCUACCUUUCUUAUAGACCAUUUUCAGCUUAAAAUCAG